AUGCCCUUCCAUCAAGUUCUUGUCUUGCUUUUCUUUAUCUUUUCAUGCCUUUACUUUGUUACCAUUCAAACCAGACAUCAUUAUGGCAACUCGGAACAUGAGCGACUCCACCACCUUGUAUCUCACGUUUCUGUCCCUCCUUCACCUGCGCCAGAAGCUGCUGCUGUUGCUGGUCCAAGGUACAGUGUCUUCAAUGUGCUUGAUUUUGGUGCUAUCGGGGAUGGUGUCGCCGAUGAUAAAGCGUUUAAGCUGGCUUGGGACACGGCUUGCGAACUUGAAUCGGCGGUUCUUCUAGUCUCGGAUGGUUAUCCCUUCAUGUUACAAUCUACAAUCUUGCAGGUCCUUGUAAGACUGUUGGCCUUGUGUUUCAGAAAUACCAGCAAAAGGCAAUGGCUUGUCUUCUACAGAGUCGAUGGAAUGUUGAUGCAAGGUGGUGGCCUUGUAGAUGGCAAAGGACAGAAAUGGUGGAAUCUUCCCUGCAAACCUCACAAAGGAAUUAAUGGAACAGCAAUGCCUGAUCCCUGUGAUAGCCCUGUGACUAUAAGGUUUUUCAUGAGCCCAAACUUGACUGUUAAAGGACUCAAAAUCAAGAACAGUCCACAGUUCCAUUUCAGAUUCGAUGCCUGCCACGGCGUUCGAGUAGACUCACUGACUAUCAAAACACCGGCCCAAAGUCCCAACACCAAUGGAAUUCACAUCGAGAACACAAAUAAUGUGCAGAUAUAUAAUUCCUUCAUAUCAAACGGUGGGUUUUCUUUAUGA